CCCUUUGUUGUGCAGUGAAAUAAGCUGAUUGUGUUGUGUGCUUCAGAGACUUUCAGGAAAAGCUUCUUAGCGAGGCACAAGGUUAGCUGUAGUCCAGACACCUUUGCAAAAUAGUUUAAUGCCAAAUGUCCUGGAAUGGCUGAAAACAGAGGAGAGUUUGUGCAAGCGCAGUUAGAUGAUGCAACGUUUAUUGAAGGAAUCAGCAAUCAAGUGAUUGUAGCAGUUGUUCUCAGCUUAGCCUUCAUUGGUACCCUAAUAUUUUUACUCUUGAGGACUGAACAGCAGAACAUUCACCCGGAGAAUCAAGAACGGGUGAGAGCAGUUCGCGAGCAGCUACAAAAUGAACAAGAAACACCAGUGCCACCGAGGCACCAGUUCUACUCAGAUAUGUCUUGUCCAGUCUGUUUACAACAAGCCACAUUUCCAGUUGAAACAAACUGUGGCCACCUUUUUUGUGGCCCCUGUAUUAUUGCAUACUGGAGAUAUGGUACAUGGCUCGGUGCGAUAAGUUGUCCUAUUUGCCGUCAAACUGUAACAUUACUGUUUCCAAUGUUUGAACAAAAUCAACAACAAGAAGCAAUAGAGAUUCAUCAGGAAAUCAAUAACUAUAAUAGAAGAUUUUCUGGACAGCCUCGCUCUCUUAUGGAACGACUUAUGGACCUGCCCACACUGCUGCGCCAUGCCUUCCGGGAGAUGUUUUCAGUGGGCGGCCUUUUCUGGAUGUUCCGCAUAAGAAUAGUUCUCUGUCUACUUGGAGCACUUUUCUACCUUGUUUCACCCUUGGACAUUAUCCCAGAGGCUCUGUUUGGUAUUCUAGGUUUCUUGGAUGAUUUCUUUGUGCUAUUUUUAUUGCUUAUUUACAUUUCUAUUAUGUACCGCGAAGUAGUGACUCAGAGGUUAUACAGGUGAAAUAUGUGCUGCUAUAUUGCAUUCUCUUAUUAGACACUAAACAAACAUCUAUGCAGACUUCAACAGAUGAAAUGCGAAGAGGCAUAACUGGAAUUGGGAGCAAGCAUUGUUGCUUUCUGUUUAAACACUGAUUAACCAAAACCACUACAUCCCCAACUAACAUUGUAGGAUUUAGCUUUAUAUUAAAUAAUAUUUAAAAGUAGAAUACUUAAAAAAAAAAAAUAUAGACUCUUUCGGCAUUGAGCUUUGUACAUCUUCAGUAUUCAUUAGCGAUUGUAUUUAUUUUCAACAUUGUACCAGCAAGCGGUAUAGAAUUAUGUAAAAUAGGGGAUCUGGGUGGCUAUCAAAUGUAGGUCAGUGCUAUAUUUUAGUUUCAUGUGUGGAAGGCGGUCAGUACAAACCUCAGCAUAAGAAUAUAGGUUUAGCUAAACUACUAGAGCAAAAAAUGAAUAGCAGCACUCCAAUAGAGUUAUCUUCAUACUUUUAUUGCAUAUCCAGG